AUGACCACUACCCCUGGCUUAGGGGAAUGGAAACCCUUUGGGAAUGGACUCGGUCGAGCUAGGCAAACUCGACCGAUUGGUCAAGGAGAUGCUCCAAACCGCCACCAACAGAGACAAGGGAUUGUUCCACCACCAGUGCAGAACCACAACUUUGAGAUCAAGCUGGGAAUGAUCAACCUUGUCCAGAACAAGAUGUUCCAUGGAUUGCCAAGUGAAGACCCCAUUGACCACCUUGAUGAGUUUGAUAGGCUUUGUGAUUUGACAAAGAUCAAUGGUGUCUCUGAAGAUGCCAUCAAGCUGAGACUCUUUCCUAUGUCUCUAGCUGACAAAGCUCACCAAUGGGAGAAGAGCUUGCCCCAUGGCACAAUCACCACUUGGGAUGAAUGCAAGAAGGCCUUUCUUGCUAAGUUUUUCUCCACCGGUCGCACAGCCAAGCUUAGAGGAGAGAUAUCCAGCUUCAUCCAGCGAAACAAUGAGACAUUCGCAGAGGCUUGGGAGAGGUAUAGGGAGAUGCUAGACACAGCUAGCAAUGGGAACUUCCUCAACCAGGAUGUAGAUGAUGGCUGGCAACUUGUGGAGAACAUAGCUAACUCAAAUGGAAGCUAUGGAGAAGAGUAUGAUCGCACCAACGGAGCUCGACCCACCACUCGAUCGAGUCAGACGAAAAGUUGA